AUGGCCUGCAAUCCGUGCUGUUGUUUCGGUCUGAAGGACAGUGCUGUGAUGAUCGGCAUCUGGACACUGGUGUAUUCGAUAGCUUCGCUGUUUUUAUUCGGUUGGCAAACUGGUGUUCUAAACCACUGUCGGACGGUGACCAUGUCCCAGGCGAACCUGCAGUGCGAGUGGGAUUGUCCGUGCAUCGGCGCUUCCAACGCCAGGACCACUCGAAUCGUUGAAGCUCCCACUUGUUUUACUCCCAUUCGAAACACGCAUCCCGUAAUUUUCUCAAUAGCGCAACUUGGUAUUAUGGGUUGGCAGAUGGCGGCAAUCAAAUACGAGAAAGAUCGAGCAGCUAACACCCUUCUCCCAAAUUACAACACCUACGGCAAGUACGACAUCCCGUCCUACUACGAGUCGUACUGGCAGAGUCCCGAGGAACGCUAUUACACCGGACAAAAUGUGCAGAUCAGUACAGUUUUCAAUCAACCGUUUACAAUUAACAUUUAA